AUGGCUCCCCCCAAGGCGCGCCGCAACACCACCUUGGUCGCCGCCCUGUGCUACUUCAUCACGAUACCCUUCCUCAUCCUCGUCCUCAUCGGCAACACGCACAUCAAUGGCGUCCUCAACGAUAUUUACUUUUUCAAGCUCGACGUCUCCCACAUCAUCCCCAUUGCCGUCGACAAUUCCCAGCUGCUCAACUCGGUGGCCCGCAGCCUCGGCCUCCACGACUUUUACUCUGUCGGUCUCUGGAACUUUUGCGAAGGCUUUAUCGAUGAAGGCGUCACCUUUUGCUCCAAGCCGAAGCAGUUUUACUGGUUCAACCCCGUCGAGGUCCUCGUCAGCGAGCUGCUCGCCGGUGCCAAGAUAGCCCUGCCCUCGCAGGUCAUUACCAUUCUCAAGCUCCUGCGCAUCGGUUCACAGGUCAUGUACGGCUGCUUCAUGGCCGGCACUGUGCUCAAUGUCGUCCUCCUGCUCCUCACGCCCCUGGCCACCCGCCGUCGCCUGUUCUCGCUCUUCAUCUCCAUCAUUGGCCUGCUGUCCGUAAUUGUCCUCGUCGUCGCCGCCGUCAUUGCCACCGUCAUCAGCGUCGCCGCCAGGAUCGCCCUGACAGCCCAGGACCAGCUCAACAUCACCGCCGAUAUCGGUAUCAAGAUGUUUGUCUUCAUGUGGAUUGCCGCCCUGGUCACCUUGCUGGCCUUUUUGCUGCACUCGGCCAUGGGCUGCUUCUGCCGUCCGCAGCGCCUGAAGCGAUCCUCGUCGUCUAAGGGUUCUAGUCCCAGCAUGGCUGAGACGAGCCCUAGCGGCCACCACAACGGUGUACUUCCUCGCUUCGUGCGGCGAAACAAGACGAACGGCUCCUCGUCGUAA